UCACAUUAUUUACACUUUCAAAGUAGUCCUUACUUAUAUUGUAACUGUCAGGAACAGUGAAUAAUUUAGUCACUUUGAAAAUAAAGAGAAACAAUAAAAUACAGCAAUAAAUUGGAAAAUGAGUGCAAAAACACCAAUUGAAGAUUCUGAUGAAACAUCUUCAUCAAAUGAAUCACAAUCUUUCAAGAUUCUUCCAAGCAUAUGUGAGACCAUGAGCUUAGAAUCUUCAAACGAGCCACUCUACAGUCAGGUUCGUCGUAAAUUGAACAAAGUCAAUCGAGUUUCCAAGAGCGCUUUACCAGCCCCAAGUACACCUUCAAAAAGUGGAGUUAUUGUGGAAAGUUGUGCUGGAAAAUUCUCAGAAAUAAAAGCUCGUUUCGAGCGACAGCUUCUUGGAUGUGAGGGAUCUGAAGCUAAAUCAUCAACAAAGAAGAAACUUACAAAAAAAUUUUCUAAAUAUUAUGCCCUAGGAUAUUAUACAAUGCCUAAGCGUUUAUUUGAUUUAGCAGAAAGAAAAAUAUCUCCAUCUCGAUACAAGAUGAAUAAUAGUAAAGAAGCAGACUCUAAUCAUUAAUGUUUAAGAAUGUCAAUAGUAAUAUAGAAAUUGAUAUGGCCAUCAAUUUUUACUCUUCAAUAAAUAUAUUUUCUUAAAUUA